AUGGAAGAAUCAUCCGGCCGUGGUCACAGAGAGAAAAAGCCCAGCGAAAAGAUCAAAGAACAAGUCUCGGGCAAAAUAGACAAGAUUGAAGAUGAGAAAACAAUUGUCCUACCCACGUACAUAGCCCCCAAUGACCCCAAAUUUUUCCAAGACCAGAAGGAGGUGUCAAAGAUCUACGAUCACACCAAGAUAGCACCGAACGGAGACAAGAUCGAUUUCUUUUCGCUCGGAACACAUGUCGAAAGCAAAGAGAAACGAUAUUAUGUCCGCGCAAAAAGAGACCCAAAUACCUUCUAUUUCCACACAGAUGAAGCCCCUCCCCGAUAUGCCCACCUCAGUGACGAAAACCAUCCUCAAUGUGGAGUCGAAAGCCUCAAGAAUACCUUCACCAAGGAUAUGCUGGGAAAGAGUGGAGAGUUUGGGAGCUAUACGACAAGGGCAAACGUCUUUGCAAGAGAAGGGAAGUUCUUCUUCGAAGCGAAGGUCAUCAGCCUAGCACCACCGGGCAGAGAAGAUCCAGAUCGCGCCCUAGCGGAGACUCAAAAUCCGGACAAAACUGCAACAAAUAGAGGCGGGCUUCGAGUGGGAUUCUGCCGACGGGAACAUCACUGGAGUGAAAACCUUGGAGGAAACGCCUACAGUUACGCCGUGAUUCUCAGGAGUGGCAGGUCCAAGGAGUACGGCAGCGUGCGGUUCAACACCAUGAUGUACCAUGUGCAAGGCGAAGGUGCAAGAGAUCCCGAAGAUCUUUCUCCUGGUGACGUUGUCGGCCUCAUGAUCACCCUGCCGUCCUUGGAAAUUCACAAGAAGGUGGUGGAGGGAACAUUCAAUCCUGCCGAGUAUCCAGAUCUCAAAUGCGGUCCGGCUGUGAUGAAGAAGAAACAUGGGGCGGGCAAGAAAACUGCUAAGAACGGUCCGAAACCAAAGGAGGGCGAAGUCGCGAAGAGCAAGGAUGAGACAAGCAAGAAAUCAACUGUUCGAGCUGCAAUUCAAAGUACCAUCCAUCCGCUCGCGGGCAUUUCGGCUCCUUCAGAUCACGACAUAAUCCGGGACCGGAAUCCUUUUCUUCAUAAAGGCAUGACUUAUUUUGAAUGCCCCGAAUAUACACCGAACCAUGACCUCAGUCGGCCGACGUUGAAUUCGAAAAACAAGUCCAUCAACCCCGAGACCGGUAAAAAGUACGAUCUUGUCACGGAUCCCCACCCAACCCACGAACUCCCUCAUCUACGAACCCUCCCCGGAAGUAAAAUUGAGCUGUGGGUUAAUGGCAAAUAUCAUGGCGUUGUUUGGGAACACCUCUUUGCAUUUCUUCCACCGGCGUCUUAUAUUGAAAAGGGCAGCCGAGCUGUCACCGGCCAUGGAGACGUGGAUGAUGGUUUGCUCGGGUACUACCCGGCCAUUAGUCACUACACCGGUGGUGCGAUCGAGUGCAAAUUUGACGGACCAUGGUGGUACGGAUAUGAUCAAGACGGCCCUCAACAUCCGGAUGCUCGCCCAAUUGGCGCCCGUUACCAAGAGCAAAUUGUGGAAGAUAUGAUCAAUGAUUUGGUGGACGAGAUCUACCAAGAAAAGUUGUAUAACGACUCCGACUGGAUGAAGAAGCGAGUGUUGAACGCACCCAUGAAUCUACCACAUAGCUGA